AACAAGAUGGAAGAUAUCAUUAGUGCUCACACCACUCACAGCGAGACCUUUACUGACUCGGGUCAGCUUCAUGGAAACGCUCCCAGUAGCCAGAAAAUUGUUGAAGAGUUUCAAUAUCUGCUGGAAAAGUCACAGCAGCUAUUUGCUGGGUUGCGUGAUCUUCCUCCCACUGGUCGAAAUUGGCAGCCAUACUUUCAACGUACUUUUGAAGUAUACACUAAAAUUUGGAAGUUUCAACAGACUUACAGAUCUGUUUUGGAUAAUAAGGAGUACUAUGGCCUGAAGCGUUGGGAGAUUGGCGAAUUGGCCUCGAAAAUUGGCCAGCUCUAUUACCAUUACUAUCUUCGAACAAGUGAAACCAACUAUCUUUAUGAAUCAUUCAUUUUCUAUGAAGCCAUUCGCGAUCGAAUGUAUUUCAAAGACGUCCUGGAAGCUAAAAAUGCCCCGCUUAUGAUCAAGAAGCUUCGUUACUUUGCACGCUUUGCUGUUGUGUGUCUUCUUCUGAACCGUACAGAAAUGGUCAAGAGUCUUACCGAAGAAGUUGGUGUCCUAAUUGAAGACUACACUUCAACCUUUAAUCCAAGCGAUUCGGAUGAAUGGAAUGUUGUUCUUCUUGAACUUUCCAUGUUCAUGGAGGUCGAGCGCCGAUUGGCACCAGUAGAUAUGGAAGGAAACAUUUUGCAUUUUCCCAGUCGUAUUCAAAAUCAGAACACUCUUAAAUUCGACAAGGAUGGCGCCCCCAAACUUAAACUGCAGGAAGCCAUUUUGGUUGGAAACUAUGCUAAUCAAAUUAAAUUUUCUGAAUUGACAUUGGACAUGUACCGUAUACUGCAAUCGCUGGAACGCGAGCCAAAUGCACUUCCAAAUCAGGUUCGCCCAGCUGUUCCUCAAGGUGAUCCCAUGACAAGUACUGAAUCUCGUGAAGGCGCAGAUGAUAUAGACAAAACCACUGCUACUCGUCGAACAAACCCACACAAGUAUCUCUUGUACCGCCCCACUUUUGCUCAGCUGUCUCUUUACAUUGCUACGGCAUUUAAGGAUCUUUCGGAAAAUUCGGCCAUGUUUCUAUACUUGUCAGCGGAUGGAGCCAAGCGCGCAUCACAGACUGAUAGCUACUCUGGCGGUGUGUCAACUGCAGUGAACUACAGUCGAAAGCCUGCUCCUGACAAGAUUGAUCCUGAUCAACAUGCCUUAAUCCACACUCUUCAUCCACACGAUCUUGUGCCAUUUACUCGCAGACCUAUGUUUGUGAUUGUGGACAGCAACAACAGUGUCGCUUUCAAGGAUUUUCCCAAAGUGUUUAAUCAGCCAUUUGCUUGUUUGAUGAGCCCAACUGAGUAUCCCACUGCAAUCAAAGAUACCACCCACAUUGGCGGUCUUUUUACCUUGUUUCUACAUGCUCCUGUGAAAGGCUUCACUUUUGUGUGUGACCAAAGCCAACUGUCUCCUGACAUCUGGUCACAGUGUGUUGUGCACGCUGAUGCAACAGAAAAGAUUAUUACUGAUUUAAUCGAAAAAGAUGUUAAUAUUGACAAAUCGUACAAACGUUUUACACAAGAUGAUUUCCUACGAAACUUUAUUGUUCGGUACAUUUUUUGCUACUCCAUCCUGGAGCACCACAAUGCCUUUAAGGAUCCCAAGCAUCUCCCGACUGCCUACCCACCCAUUCCGUCGUCCAUUAUGACUUCUCCUGAACUCAUCACAAAGAUUCAAGAAUUGGUCAAGCUUGCAAGCGCUGAAUCACUUUACAGCUUUGUCGUAGAGGCUUUGCCCGAGCCUUCGACAUAAGUGCAGCACAUGGAUUUAUUCAUUGCCAAUCUCCCACAUUCAAAUAUUAUUUUUGGCAAGGCACUCUUGAAAUCUUGGCUUUGCUGAUUUCACUCAACAAUCAAGCACAUUUGUUUACUCCUUCUCCGUCUCCACCACUAUUUCCACUUUACUAUUAUGUUUUAAAGUGAAUACAAACCUCUUUCACAGCUAUUACUAGUCUCGGUUUGUUUAUUGCUUACAGAUAUAAAUCCUUCUCAGAUUUUCCCCGUGUCAAUGCUCUAUUUUUAAAAAUCGAUUGCAUGUUUUUAUUAUAUACUUGUGUAGAUAAGUAUUUGAUAGUUGGGUAAAGUCAUUGAAAAAACCCAUUGUCACUUCUCAGUAC